UUCUGUGCUGGGCGGCUUUGUUUCAGCUCUGUGAGACACACAGGAAAUGGAGUCAUGGGUGUGUUGUUCAGGUCUAUGAUGCCACUUCCUGCAUGAUUGCUUGUUUGCAGACUCAUAAUUGUUUGCAAUGAUUUACACUGAAUUCUGAAAGUAGAUGAAAUAUAAUAUGUCUUGUGCAUGCAUGAAUCUUUCUGUUUGAUUGUGUGUAUUGUGGGAUUGUGUAUAUGGUUGUGUUCAGUGUGUCUUGGGUGAAUUGAAUGCGAGAUCAGUUUUGUGGUUUACUGUGGGCUUCGCUGUGAUAAAAUUAGUUACGUGGGGAGGGGGUGAAAUUCUGAGAGUACGAGUGUCUCAUGCGUGUGAAAGGUUGUGAUGUGGGAGUAAAGCAGAGUUCAGAUUCUCAGCAGAUGCUCAGAAAUGAAGUGUUCCUCCAGACUCCUGUGUGGGCUCCUCAUGUCAUGCCUUUGUUUCAGAGUUUCAAGUGAGAAUCUGUCUGUGAUUCAGAGUCCACCCAGCAUCACUGUGAAUGAAGGAGAAUCUACUCACAUCAGCUGCUGCUGGAAUGAAAUCACACAGAAAGUUAAAGUUGCUUGGUACAUCAAUGAGAAAAAACACACCAGAGUAAAGCAGUUACUCCAAGAGCAUAAAACACAGAACUGUUCAAUUCUGAAUCUCACAAACAUACUUAAAAACACUUCAGGUCAUUAUGUUUGUGAAGUGACUCAAGACAUACCAGUCCUGCUUGAGAAGAAUGGUAGUGGAACAGUCUUAUCUGUCAAUGACAGCGAUAACAAAACAGUGACUGUUUCUGACCCGCCUCAAACUACCCAGACUGCACACAGUUCACCAGCACCAGAAACUUCACCUCCCUUUCUGCCUUUGUCUCUGGCUGCUGCCAUCAGCCUGCUGACCCUCUGCUUGGCCUUCAGUGUGUGCAAGAUGAGAAACUCCUGUAAAAAAUCAGAGAGAGUGGUCAUUCACCAGACGCCUAGCAGUGAGGGUGAGGAGCAUGAGCACAUGGAAGAGGAGGACGGUAGCACAGGCUCCUCUCGAGGUUCCCUCCAAUGGUAUCAAGUGCCUGUUUACUGGUCUUACUUUGAUCUACAGAGGGGUGAAGACCAGUGACAACCAGAAAGGAAAGACAAACGUGAUGUUCAGUUCAUUGGAUUGCAUUUUGCAUUCACUCUCUUCUUUCAUGAGAGCAUUUUUGUAAAUAGCAGAAGCGAUUUUAAUCUUCAGAUACAGUUGAAACCCUCAGUUGAAGCUCUUGAUUGUGGUAUCAGAUGUUAAUCUCUCUGUUUGUAUAGCAGCUCUAUUGAUUUUUAUUCUUAUUU